AUGGCCAGAACUGACGGUGGAAAAAAACCCUCUCAACUCUCUCAACUCAAACAAUCCAUUCGUACAGCAGGUUUAUCACGAGUCUCAAAACCUCCAAUUCCUGGUCGGUCCGGUGAUAGAGGUGGCAAAAAAACCAGAAGCUCACUCAGCACAAGCCAGAAUCUGUUCGACUUGAAGUCAUCAAAGGUCAAGUUUCCAACGAGUAACUUAUCAAAUCAACGUCAAAAUGGAUCUCUUCGAGGUGCUUCCAAAAACUCCCUCGUCAAGACGGUUGGAAAACCUGCUCAGUCCGCUACCCAAGCCCAUCAACGCCGGGUUGAAAAACUGCUGCCUGAAUAUCGUAAUCGUCAUAAAUCAACAAACUUUCUCGACAAACGAUUUGGUGAAGGAGAUUCGUCUCUAACCCCAGAAGAAAAGGCCUUGGAGAGAUUCACAAAAGAACGUCAGAUGAGACUUCCUGGAGGCGCUAAGAGAAAUAUUUUCAACCUAGACGACGACGCAGAAGGUCUGUACGAUGAAGACGGAGAAGCUGAUGGCGGCCUGACUCACAGAGGCAUGGAUUUGGAUCUUGAUGAUGACGAGGUCGAAAAUGGUCGCGAUGAUGAUAUUCUCCAGUUGAACAAACAGCCUUUGAAUUUACAUAACAUUGAUAAUCGUGCCGAAGACAACGAAGAUAGGCAGAAAUCUAAAGCUGAAGUCAUGUCGGAGAUCAUCACUAAGUCCAAAGCUCAUAAAUAUGAGCGCCAACAGAUGAGAGAUCAAGACGAAGCUCUCAGGUAUGAUUUAGACGCAGAACUGAAAGGCAUUCGAUCCCUUUUACUCGGCUCGGCGCCCAAGCCUCCUACAAACACCAUUUCUGACACUCGCGCAAACGCACAAUCUGAUAAUUCGCAUAAACUAUCAAAUACUGAUCCUGACGAAGAUAUGUACGAUCGGUUUGUGCGCGAGUUGGCUUUCGACCCGCGGGCCAAGCCAUCCGACCGCUUGAAGACUGCUGAGGAAGUGGCUUUAGAAGAGGCUGAACGCUUGAGGAUGUUAGAACAGAAGCGCCUGAAGCGUAUGAGAGGUCUCGAUGAUGAUGAUGAGGAAGAGGAGGAAGGUGGAAAAAAGAAUGGGAGAUCGAAAAGAAAGCCCGAAGCUGACGAUUUGGAGGAUGACUUUGUCUCAGAUCAAGGGGAGGAAAAAGAGUGGAGUCUUGGCGAAGGUCUUCGACCUGAUGGGGCAUUCGGUGCAUCUGCUCAGGAGCAGGAAGGCUCUUCCGACGUGACAUCUGACUCGGAAUGUAACUCUUCCGAUAACGACAACGACCAGGAAAGCGAUGUCAGUGACUGGGAAGGUAUCUCUGAUAGUUCACACAAGGAGAAGGAAGGCGAAGACUGCGACUCCCUCCCUGUACGAUCACUGGUUUCUAGCACAAUUCAGGAUCAGCCUUUGACGAAAGCCUCCGCCACCCGAGAUCCUACUCAGGAGCUGGCUUAUACCUAUCCAUGUCCCACUUCACAUGCCGAUUUUCUUUCUAUCAUAUCACAACAAUGCGUGAAAAGCGCUGAACUACCCACUGUGGUUCAGCGUAUUCGAGUAUUGUACCAUCCCUCACUGGGAGAAGAUAACAAAUCCAAGCUUACCACCUUUACUAAUGUCCUAAUUGAUCAUGUAAUUCAUAUCACAUCUCUCCACAAAUCCGAUUCUUCAGCAUCACCCUUUGGCUUAGUCAACAAAUUAUUACCCCACAUCAUAAGCUUAUGUCAAUCAUUUACGCAAUCCGCCGCUAUGCAUUUUGUUUCUAAACUCGGAAUUAUGCAGAAAAAUCUUACUCAGGCGUUGAUUGGACAGACGGGUACAGGAUGGCCGGGACUCUGCGAGCUAACCUUACUCAGGCUGAUCGGUCUUAUUUGGUCGACUUCAGACUUCAGUCAUCCCGUUGUGGCCCCAGCCGUCCUUAUAAUCUGUCAGUACUUGAAUCAGCUCCAAGUCAAGAGAUAUAGAGACAUGAUGAGUGGCCUCUUCAUGUGUACACUCAUUCUCCAGUAUGAAGCACUGUCGAAGCGUUUGGUUCCAGAAGCCAUCAACUUUCUUUUGUUGUCGGCUAUGCGACUCACUUCUUCGAAGCUGGAUCUUGCGUCUAUUCCAAUGCCUGUACCGGCUCCAGAAGGCACUGAUACUACGAUGUUCCCUCUGAGUGAGGAAGUCUCCGCGAGUCUACAACCUCAGACACUCGACUUUGUCUCACUCUUGACCAAAGAAGACCAGCCCGGCACGCCCUAUCCAUCCGAGCAAGAUAAGGUGGACACAUUAGAUGUGAUUUUAUCUCUCUUGGCAAACUAUGCCACACUAUAUAGCUCAUCGCCUCACUACACCGAAGUGUUUUCAACCGUGCUGAGCCUGAUCAAAUCCAUUGACUGUCACACUCUGAUAUGCGAGGUGACCAAGAUGCGUUUGAAGGAACUGAUAGAAACUAUAGAAACUCAAUUGGCGACAGCAAAGAGAAUCAGACAGUUGAACCCGUUACGUUUACAACUCCAUCGCCCUAUCCCUAUCAAACCACAGACCCCCCAAUUUGAGUCGACCUUUACACCUAAACAAAAGGAAUUCAACCCUGACUCGGCUCAAGUUGAAGUCAACAAGCUCAAGUCGUUGAUUAAAAAGGAGAAGAAAGGAGCGAUGCGAGAGCUAAGAAAGGACAACAAGUUCUUAGCUAUCGAGAAGGCCAGAGAGAAAGAUGAAGCUGAUCUAGCCUAUAAGACAAAGAUCGCACGCAUCACAGCAGGGUUACAGCAAGAGCGUUCAGAGGAAAAGAAGCAAGAACGGACAAAAGUACGACUGAAAAAGUUGGACAAACUCAGAGGCUCGAAGAAAUGA